AUGUUUUAGUUUUGGGAAAAAUUAGGAGUAGGAUUUUGGUUUAAUUAUUUACCAAAUUCUGAUUCCUUGAGUAUGAAUUUAAUUGCCAUAUUUAGCAUCAUAAUCUUUUAAUACUAAAUAAGUAAAUUACCUAUUAUACAUCGUGGAAAAUAAUGAAUCUACUGAAUAUUCAAUUAUAUUUUAUUUAGAUAUAGAUGCAGACUUAGAAAAAAUUAAAUUAAAAGGAGUAAUUUAAUAUGAAUCACAAUCUUAAGUUUUUGAGUGUCCAUUAGAUACUUGGAAUUUUGAAGGUGAUUGGCAUCUAUUAUAUUAUUUUGAUGAUAAAGAAACUCACUAAAUAAACAUUUAUGUUUUAAAUUAUAGAACAAGGGUAACAUUUUCUUAAUAAUAAAUUGGAUCAAUAUUAUAUGGGUAAAGGAUAUUUUAAAGAAAUUAUGGAACUUUUUAAAUUCUUUAAGGGUCUGAAUUAGUAAGAUAUAGAUAUUUUCCUGGAAAGUUGGGAUUUAUAUUUGUCACAUUUUUUUAUAAUAUAUUCACUAAUUUAGACUAAUAUUUAAUGGAUUGUCCAAUAUCUUAUUCAUGCCAACCAGGAUAUUUUUCCCUAGUGGGUUAUAAUGAAGAAUUAAAAAAGAAUAAGAUUAUUUAAGGAACUAUAUAAAAUUCGAUUAAAAAAAUAGGAUAUGUUAUAUAAGGAUGGGUAAAGUUAAAUAGAAUUGAGUCAAUAUAAUAGUUGGAUACUGUACUAUUAAGAGUAACAACUCGUUAUUAAUAUUUUAAUGAGAAAUAGUAUGGAGAUCGAUUAAUAUAUAUAGUAUAUCAUUAAAACAUCAUUUAAGAUGAGAAUGGCCUGACAGUGUCUAUAAAUAGUUAUAAAUUCCCAAUAAUAGAGGAGACUUAUUAAAAUGAUGAUUUAGAUAAAAUAACUAUAAUUGGAAAGCAAUAUAGUGAAGCAAUAAUAUAAUGGCAUUAUUUUUAGUAUGAAAUUGGAACCAAAAAUAAUGAAGGAUAACCAUUGUUUACUAUAUAUUUUGCAUUUUUAAAUUAAAAAUAACAAUGGACAUGGAAUAAAUAAAUUAAUCAUUUUACAAAUAGCAAAUUUUAUUUAUUUAUAGGUGGUGAUGAUUUUGUUUCUAAUUUAUUUUCUGGAUUUUUAAGUGACUGGUCUUUCUCUAAAUUUUGUAAUCCAGUAGAUGUAUAAUUUAAAAUAAAAUGCCAUUUUUCUUGUAAAACAUGUGAUGGUGUUUCACCUUCAAAUUGCUUAAGUUGUAACAGUGAAAGUCAUAGAUUGUAUUCAAAAGAAUAAAAAAGAUGUCAAUGUGCUUAUGGUUACAUAGAAGUAAAAGAUAAUGAGAAUUGUUUAAGUAUAUAAAUUUGAGAUUAUAAAGCUCUGGAGGAAAUAAUGGCAAAUAUGAUAGUCGAUGAAUUUGAGAGAAAAUGUAAUAAAGUUGGAUAUUUUACUUGUGAUGAAGAUAAUAUUUAAUGCGAUUAUGGUUAUUUUUUAAUUGGCAAUGAAUGUAUUAUGUGUCCAAGAAUGAAUUAGGAGAUAUUAGAUGAAACUAUAGAAUGUGGAGAUUGCAUACUUAAUCCAGAACAAUUUUCAUCUACAUUAAAAUGUAGUUAUGAUUUAAAGGUUUUGGACGAAUAAAGAAAAUUUGCUUAUAAAUAAGUUAUUAGAGGAACUUAAUAUGAAGAAGUAUUUAAAAUAUUUUAAGACGAAUUCGGGAAGAGUUAACUUAAACUUUUUGAAGGGGAAUCCCUUUAUGGUUGUAAGGAUGGUUAUUACAAAGAUGUAGAUGGAAGAUGUAAAAAAUGCAUGGAAGGAUGUGAAGGGUGUCUUAUGGGUUCUAGUUGCAGAUAUUGUUUUAUUGGUUAUACAUUAAGAAAAGAUGGUAAUUGUUAAAAAUGCUAAACUUGUCAUAAUUGUAUGCUUGAAGAUAAUAAAGAAGUUUGUUUUUAUGAAGAUGAUUGUUUAAGUAAUCAAUAUUGGUCAAAUAAAUAAUGUUAUGAUUGUGGUUAAUAUUGUGGAAAAUGCCUUUAAUCAAAAUGUCUAUAUUGUAUAAAUAAUUAAGAUUACUUUAUUACAUUUGAUAAAUUAAAUUGUGCAAUUUGCAAUAUAAAAAAUUGUUAAUAUUGUUUCUAAUAUUAUAAAUCAGAUGGUAAAUAUUAUACAACAUUAGAUUAUAAGCCAUUUAUGGAAAAUAUUCAAUAAGAAUUUAUUAAAAUUGGAUGUGCAUAAUGUAAAUAUAAUAUGUUUUUUAACUUUUAUACUAAUACAUGUGAAGAAAGACCUAUUGAUUAAAUUGAAUGUUCUUUUGGUAUUAUAACUCAAGAUUCUGGUAUAGCCAUAUGCAUUAAAAGUCUAUUUCCUCUAAAAGGAAUAUAAUAAACACAAUGCAAUUCUUUAUCAUUUUGUGAAUAAUGUAUUCUUAAUUAUAUCAAUGCUGAUGGUUUUUGUAUUUAAUGUAGUGAUGGAUAUUAUUCUUCAAUUACUACUGGACAAUGUAAAUAAUGUCCUCUCACUUGUAAGACUUGUUAAUAAUAGAACACCAAUCAUUAAGAUUUUUGGAAAUGGGAUAUUAAAGCAUUUUAUAAAUACUUUGUAAAUUCAAAUGAUGAUCAUUCUUUUGAAUAAUAUGGUUUAAAUUUUGAAACAAAAGAUUUUGAAAUAGUUUGUACAAGUUGUUUUUCUGAUAGUUUCUUAUAUAAAAAUGAAUGUUUUAAUAAUUGUGGAUCAGACUGUAAUAAUUGUUAAAUACUACCUAAAUUCAAUUCUUAAUAUUCUCAAUGUUUUUAAUGCAAUAAUGCUUUAUAUAAUUAAUAGAAAAGUAUUAAUUAAAGUGAUUUAACAAUGUGUCAAGAAUGUGUUGUAUUUUGUAAAGCUUGUCAAUCAAGAGAUAUAUCAUAAAUAAAUAAAUUAAAUCCUUUUAUAACCAGUUCUUCAAAAUACACUAAUUAAUGUUAUAGUUUUGAUCAUCAUUUGCUAUAAUCUGAUUAAGAUCUACAAUAUAAUAUCUAAUAUAAGAAUUAAAUUAAUUUCCAUCCUUUUUUCAAAACACCUUAUAAAUGUUAGAAAUAUGAUAAAUGCAUCAAAACAUUAACUUUUAAUUAAUUAGUUUAUUGUGAUUAAAGUUAUUAUUAUUUUGACUACUUCAAUGAUUAACGCCCUAAUUAUAGGAAUUAAUAUAAAACAUAUUAUUAGUUUACAGUUUUUGAUAUUAUAUUGGAUGAUUAAAUCUAUAAUUUCAUUAAUGAAUAAUCAAUUGUAGAAAUCAAUUUUAUUAAUUUAAUCAAGACACACCCUAAUUAUUCUGGAAGUUGCUAUUAAUGGGAAGCUUAACCAGUCAAAAUUAAAAAUCCUUUUUCUUCUAAAAUAUUUACAAUUAAAACCGUUACAAUCAAACUGAUAGGUGAAUAAUUAACAAACUUACUUACAUAAGCAAGUUAUAGUAUUAUAGAUUUUGAUUUAAUUCAUUUUUAAAAUGUUGGAUUAUUAGCAAUAUCAACCUUAAGCCAUCCAAAUACUAAUCCAUAUAGUAUCAAUUGUAAAUUUAAUAUUAUAAAUUCCUAUAAUCCAAUCACUUUUAAAUUAAUUGAUUCAUAAAUACUAAGUACAAAUAAUCGAAGAUAAACUUCUUAUUCAAUAAUGAGCAAUAAUUCUUUAAAUAUUUUCUUUGAUAAUGUUACAUUCUUAGAUUUAAAUUUAACAGAUUCUAAAUUAUUAGAUUUUCAAACUUAAAAAACUACUAAAAAUUCAGAAUUUAAUGCUAGAAAUUUAGUUUUCAUUAAUUCUAAUUUCACUUAAUCAAGCAUCUUUUAUUUUGAAUCACUUAUUUUCACUCCUAACUAUAAAAUAUCAAUUAAAAAUGUUUAUGCUUCUAACCUUAUUUUUAGAUCAGGAUCUUAAUUUAUUAAUACUUCAUUCUUGAUGCAAUAUAAUAUAGGAUAGAUUUCACUAGAAAAUUUAUAUUUCUAAAAUAUAACAUUGAUGAAUUCAUCUUAAAUUUUGAAUCUUAUGGGUGCUGGUAAGUGUUCCAUUAAAAAUUUUACUUUAAAAAAUAUUAUUUUUUUAGAUGAUUCAUCAUUUUUAUUAUCAAAUAUAAUUAAUAUUGAAGACUUUCUAGCUAUUGAUAUAAUCAUAUAUUCUGGCUAUUUAAUCACCAAUAAAGGCACUUCAUCAAAAACAACUGAGUCAUUAAGAAAUGCUGAAUCUAUUAGGAUAAAAAAUGCUAAUUUUAUUGAUAACAUCUAUUAUAGUUCUUAAAGUUUUAUUGCUAUAUUUUAGAAUGAUCUUUUAAAUAAUUCACUUAAUAUUGAUGGCUUAAUCUUAACAAACAAUAGAUAUUAUAAUAUUAUAAAAGGAUCUAAAUAAAUUAAAUCUUUGAUAAAUGAUGAAUCCUUAAUAUACUUAGAAUGUUAAGUAUGCAUUCUUAAUAAUGUAGAAAUAUUUAGAGGCUUAGGAUAUCCAGAAAUUGCUAUUUUUAGAAGUAAAUCUUUAAAAUUUUCAAAUAUCUUAAUUUAAUAAAGCCCAUAAUUUAUUACAAAGACUCUACAUUCAUCUUAUAAAUGCAUCGAACAAUUCUUAUAUUUAGAUAUAUAUUAUGUAUUCUACCUAAGUUCUUUCAAUCAAGUAGAAAUGGAUAAUGUAGUUAUAUUUUAAUCUGUAAUUUUUGAUAAUCCAUUUUUCGUAUUUGCUAGCUAAAAUUAAUUAGAUGAAUAAGUAGAAAAUAGUUUUAUAAUAUCAAAUUCAAGAUUUUUUGAUAAUAUGUUGAUAAUAACAUAAUAAAAUAAAUUUACUUCAAUUAUAGCUAUAAAAACAGAGCAAUUAAUGAAUAUCAGUAUUAUAAAUACAAAUUUUACAUAGAACUAUUUAAAUGAAUAUUUCCAAGAUUAUUAAUUAUUUUCAUCUUCAACUUUAGUAAUUAAUGCCCAAUCAGGAAAUGUAUUAAUAUCAAAUUGCUUUUUUGAUCAUAAUAUAAUUUCUAAUUCUACUGAUUCAAAUUUGUUCAUUAAAACAAAUCAUCUUAGUAUUUAAAAUAGUGUCUUUACUAAAUAAAAUUAAAUGAACCCCAGUAUUUUCCAGAAAUACUUAUUUGUCUCAAAAAUAGACACUGAUAUAACUACUAAUAUUAUACUUAAUUUUUAAGUUUUGUCAUCUGGUGGAAAUGCCUAUAUUUUAAUAAAUUCUAUGAUACUAGAGUAAAUUGAGGUAGAAUAAUCUUUGGCCUUAAAUGGAGGAGCCUUUUACGUUAUUACAUCUUAAGAAGGUUCAAUAGAAAUAAGUAAUUCAAAAUUUGUAAAUACUUCGACUACAAUUAAUGGAUAUUAAAUAUCGGUUGGUGGGUGCCUUUAUAUUGAUUCUUCAAAAAGUCGUUUUAAACUUUAUAUUCAUAAUUCAUUAUUCUAAUUUACAUCCUCAAGAACAUAGGCUGGACUAUUGUACAUAGAACCUUCAUUUCUUAAAAAUGAAAUUAAUUUAGAUUAUUUAACCAUAUAAGAAUCCUUCUCAAUUUAAAAUUCUAUUCUUACUUUUUCUCCUAGUAGAUAAAACUCUGUAUAUUCAAACUUUUAAAUUUAAAACUCUUUAUUGAUAAAUAGUGAAAAUGGAUUUAAUUAUUAUAUAUCCUAACUAUAAGAUAUUUCUUCAUAAGAUGUUAAGCCAUUUUAAAGAGAAAAUCCCACUAUAUAUGUUCAAUAUUGUAAUUUUACAAUGCUCAAUUGUUCAUUUAUGUAAUUUCAUAUUGCUAGCAUUUUGGAGAUAUAUAAUGGAUACAUUAUAAACUUGAAUAAUAUAUAAAUUUCAAAUAGUACUUAUUUUUUAUCUCCAGUUAUAAGAAUUUCCUUAAGAGAAGGUAUUAUUUAAAUAUAUAUAUUUUAUAGGUUUUAUAGGUAAGAUCUUACUUUAAGAUUUCAAAUUGUAAUAAUUAUCAUAAUUUCAAACACAAUUUGAAGAUUGUCAAGAUUAGGAAAUAAUCACAAUAAAAGAUUUAUUAUGUUUUGAUGAUAUUUCUGAUAUUGUUUAAAAUCCUCUAAUAGAAUUAAAUAAAAUCAAUUUUACUAAUUAAUUAAUCUGCAAUAAAAAAUAGAUUUUUGAAGAAAACAAUUAUAACUUAAGUUUAGUUGAGAUAAAAAAUAUAGAUGAUUAUCAAGAAUUAAUAAUAGAGAAUUUAUUAAUUUCAAAUAUUGAAUGUUCUAAGUGUUAUUUUGGAGUAUUUAAUGUAAUGGAUGUACAUGCUAAUUCAAUAAAUUUAAGAAUGAAGAAUAUAAGUCUAAUUAAUAAUACAUGUGGUGUAAUUGGUUGUUUAUCAUUGUUGCAAAAUUCUAAUUUUUUCUUCGACGAAAAUUAAUAAAAUAGAAUUCUAUAAAAUUCAGUAGAAAAAAUAAAAAAUAUUUAAAACAAAUAGAUCUAAUUAAAGAUUAGCAACAGUCAAUUUAUAAAUAAUAUAGCUGAUUAUGGAGGAGCCUGCUUUUUUAUAGAUUUGAAUAUGUUAAUUGAAUAAUGCUUGUUCAAUAAUAAUUAAGCUAGAGAGAUAGGUGGGGCUAUCUAUUAUUACUCAGAAUAAUAAAAUCAUAUAUUAAUUUUAGAUAGUUAACUUAUACAGAAUAAAGCUUAAAUAGGAGGUGGAUUAUAUCAAAAUGGAGAGACUAUAUAAGAACUUAUAAAAGGAAAUGUAUACAUAAAUGAAAAUACAGGUAAAAAAUAUGCUGAUAAUCUUGCAUCUAUACCUAUGUAUUUACAUCUUUCAUUGGAUGGUGUAAAUUUAUUAAAAAAUAAAUUAAUAUUUAAGAACAAAACUACAUAAAUUGAUGAAGUUGAUGUCUAACCUUAUUCAUAUUUUGGUUCCUCUGAAAAAACUGAUUAAAUAUUAAUACCAUCAGGUCUUAAGAUAUAUGAUUACAAACACUUUGAUUCUUAGAGUAAUUCCUAUAUCAACUAUAAUUUUUCCUUUCGCCUCAUUCCAUUGAAUAUAUAAUUUGAAUAAAUGAAAAAUCUAAAUGGCACAGAGUGUAUUAUUAAUCCUUCAGUUGUAGAUAGAAAUAACAAAUUACAAAAAAUUUAGAAUAUAUUGGAUAAUAUUUCUAAUUAAUCACUAUCAUAUACUAAAGUUUAUUUCAAUGAUUAAACUUAAGAUUAUAACUUAGAUAAUCUGACAUUAUAUUUUAAUCCUUUACAAGAAAAGCAAUAUUCUCUUUAAUUAGCUUUUUUAUGUAAAGCAAUAAAAGUUCCUAUUUAUAAUGACUAUGCUCCUUAUGAAUUAAAUUAUACUCUAGAUAAUUAUAUAUUAUUAUUACAUUUGAGAACUUUCAAAUGUCAAUUAGGAGAAUAUUUAAAUUCUACAUCUGGUGGCUGUGUUCAAUGUGAUAUAACUUAAAAUCAAUAUUCAGUUUAAUAAAAUGCCUAAGCUUGCUAAUUCAAAGAUGAAUAGAAAAUGAAAUCAAUAAAACCAGCAAUGAUUGAAUUACGAUCAGGAUAUUGGAGAGCAUAUUAUUAUAGUAACAUUGUUGAACUCUGCUAUCAUUAAUAUUAAAAUUGUUAAGGUGGAUGGUUUGCUGGUAAUCCAUCUUGUGGAAUAGGACACAUAGGAGCAUUAUGUGAAUAAUGUGAUUUAUAUAAUAUCAGAGGAUAAGGUUAUUUUUCAAUAGGUUAAGCAUAUAAUUGUAGUAGUUGUUAAUAAGUAGCAAAGAAUAUUAUAAAUAUAGUUUUAGUUGUAUUAUGGACUUUAUUAUCUCUAUUCAUUUCAGUUACCAGCACAGUUUAAAUGAUUGAAGAGUUUAUCUUUUAAUUGAAACUUAAAUCAUUGCGAAAUUAUAUUAUUACCUAACCAACAUCUACAUCUGUUCUAUUAAAAGUUUUUACUAACUAUCUCUAGAUUAUCAGUUCAAUAACUUCAUUUUAAUUAUCAAUCCCAUUGGGAAUAACUUUAGUAUUUAGUGGUGUUGGUAGUCCAAUAGAUUCAAUGGCAUUUUCUUUAGAUUGUUUUUUAGCUGAAUCAAAUUAAAUGAUUCCAAUAUUAUAUUUUAGAAUUAUUUUUAGUCUUUUAACAAUAGGAAUAUAUAUAUUGUUGUUUUUUACAAUUUACAUAAUGCUUUUAUUUAUUAAGAAAAGUAAGUUUUAAAUAACAUUUAUCACUACUACAUUUAUCUACAUUUAUAUUUAUUUAUUUCCUAACAUUAUCAGUGGAUUAAUUGGAUUGUUGUCAUAUAGAAAAAUAUCAAAUGAAUUUUGGGUAUCAGGUAAUGUAUCUUAUUUAUAUGAUACAUAUUAACAUACUAUAUGGCUAAUUAGUUUUGUUAUACCAAGCUUUUUUAUUUUAGGAUUGCUUAUACCAUUUUUAUUUUGGUUUGUUGUUUAUUACAAUAGAAAAUAGUUAAAUUCAAUGAAAGUAAGGAAGAUGUGGGGCUACUUAUAUAAUGAAUAUAAAUUAGAAACUUAUUACUGGGAAACUUUGAAGAUUCUAUAAAAAGAAUUAAUCAUUUUGGUAUUAUUAUACUAUUCUGAUUAUGUUGCUGUUAAAGCUUCUUUAGUUUUCUUAAUUCUCUAUAUUUACAGUCAUUUAAGUACUAAAUACAAGCCUUAUUAAUCUGCUCUAUUAAAUAAAAUAGACUUCUUAUCUACAUCUAUUUGUUCAAUAUCUAUAGUCUUAGCAUCUUCAAUCUAUACAGCAUAAUCUUUUGACAUAAUUGAAGUUGUAUUGCCAUUUUAUACAAUCUUAGGAGUCUUAAACUUUUUAUUUAUUGCAAAUAUGCUAUAAAAAUUGAUAUAUGCUUACUUUGAUAAAAUGUAAAAAACAAUUGAUGAUAUUAAAACAAUAAUAUAUCUAAAGUUUCCACAUAUAAUCAAUAGGAAUAGGAACUUAAAGAGAAUAUUCAUUUAGAAUUCAUUAAGAAAGAAAUUGAUUAAAGAACGGUUUAAAAUGAUUAGAGAAUAUUUAAUUAAUUAAGCUUAAUAGAUAAUAUCAUUUAAAUCGUAUUUAUUUUAAUUUGAAUUAGUUCCAUGACAAUGGAUGGAGGAAUGCCAAAAUUGACAAUGAGAAAUGAAUAAACAACAAUUACUGAACCAUUAUCAAUUUCUAAUCGUAAUACUGGUAGGCUAUUGAGACAGAGUAAGUAUUUUUCAAAAUAGCCCAGUUAAUUUAUUUUUAAGACUAUUGUUGAAAGUAAGUUAGAAUGA